GUCCCGGCAUUCGUAGACGGCACAGUAGGGAGCAAACGUCACAAGACUCUCCGGUUUAAAAAUAAUUCCGAUUGGCAACUCUCACCGCUCGGUUCAGUAUGUAACACUCAAAGUUUAUAAGUCAAGAGGUCUGUCCCAUCAUCUUCGGUAAAAUAAACAUCGCGCCUCUACAAGUUGUUGUGAAAAUUGAGUGUCGAAAUGAAAUUUUCCUCGUUUUUCAUCUCCACGAACUGAUACCCGCGUGAUUAUGACUGUUCAGUGUACCAGGAAGUUUGGAUAAACUUUGUGUUAAAGUGUGAGCUCGAGCCGUCAACAGGUGAUAAAUAAUUGGAAGGUAAUCAACGUGCAAAUAUUAUUGAUUUAUCACGUGUUUUUACUCCUAACUGGCAAUCAAUCAAGAUGCCGUACUACUCAGAACUUGGACUAUAUUCAGGACCCUCGACCAGUUCCUACACUCCUUUAUUCUUAUCAGGUCCUUAUUCUAAUCAUUCCUCGAUAGUAGCCAACAAUUUCACAAGACCUGCUCCGAGUUACUCGAGAGGUUUUCGUCACUACAAACCUCAUCUUUCUACCAUCACUGAAAGACGAACAAACUCCCCUUUACGUAGAAUUAACUCCCCUAAAGUGAUCUACACUCCGGUGAUUGUGCCAAGACCUAUCAAGAUCAACACAGCUGAUAUCGACGUAUCCACCAACAAAUACAGGAAAUACGAUAGACCAAGGAAGGAUGUGUCGGAAACGAAGUUAGAUUCCAAGUCACCAAGUCCUUCCAGAACGGCGGAAAGUCCAAGAUCUUCUACAGAGUUAAAGGAAGCCACUCCUACAGCUAACAUCAAAAGAGAACGUGCUACAGUACGAUUGAGAACGAUCCACAAAGACAGGGUUAUCAACUCCCCCACCUAUAGGAAAUGGAGAGAAAAUUUCGAACCUGACGAACUGUACCCUGACGAAGUUGAAUCAUCCCCUAAGAUACUGAAGAAAACCCCAGGUGAGUUGUUGAAGGAAAAAUUUCUGAUACCUUCAGAAAAUCGAUCUCCACCCCCUGAAAAGAAACCAGAAAGAAGAAGAAGCAUCAAGCAUAAACAGUCUGUGAUUAAAACUCCUAGUUUUCAUGAUAUUUGUACUGCAAUCACUUCUGAGGAGAUUGAUGAAGAAUUGAAUCCUGGACAGCCUGUUGAGAUACAGAGGAGACAAAGUCGACAUUUUCAACCUGAGGAUAUACUGAAGGAAAUUAGGAGGACUUCUAUAGAUUUAUCUGAUUCUCAGAAGAACGUUAUCGAUACUAUACUGACGCAGGUGGAUACGCAAAAUAUGGACGAUAAAAUUGAUAAAAACUACGACUCCAGGGGUAGUGUCAAGAAAAGAAAAAAAUACAACAAAACUCAUUCCACCAAGCUGAUCCUGGAUAUAUCAGAUGAGGAUUCAAAACAACCCAAACAGAAGAAGAACGUGCAAAAAAAAAUUCAUAGGACCAAAAGUUCUAACUUAGAUCUAAAGGAAGUGAACAAAUGUGAGGACCAAAAUGAAAAUAGACCUAAGGUAGAAAAAACUGACGUUGUAAUUGCCAAAAACACAUUACCAGAAGAAAAGCCUGUUCUGAAGGCUAUAAUAGAUGAUAUAACUAUUGAAGAGUCACCUUCACCGAAACAGAUAAAAGGUGGCAAACUUAAAUUCAAUUUUACUAUUGAAGAAAUCAAACAAAAUGAAAGUAAAACCCAAAUAGAACCUAUUCCAAAAAUAACCCCAAAAAAAGAUAUCAUUGUUUCCAAACAAGAAAAACAAAUCAAGAGAUUGGAUGAGGAAAACAAAGAAGAAACGAAGAAAAAAGUGAUUGAAACGAAAUCAACGUCAAAACAGUUAGCGGACGAAAAGAACGAACAAAAACAGCACGUUAAAAAAGUGACAGCUAAGCUGCAAGCUGAAAAAUCGGAAACACAUAAAAUUGAACUUCCCGUGAAUAAGAAACCUGUUGUAUCUAAUGUCAUCAAAAAGAGGCAUACUGCUAGGAUGGGACUCAUUUUGGAGCAGAUAAAAGAAUCUGAGGAAAGAUCGAGCAGUCAAGAGAAGGGUCCCAAAAAUAAAUUAUCUCUUCAGAAACCUAUUCGAGAUACUAAAGAAGAAUCUGAUAAAACAUUGAAGAGGGACAAUUUGAAAGAAGGUGAUAUGAAUACAAAAAUUCAAGAAGAUAUGAUGAAUAUUGUUAAUAGGAAACACAUUAUUCUACCGAAAACGAAGAAUAGUACAAUAGAAGUACAAAAAGAAAUAAAUAAUAAUGCGAUCCAAAGAUCUGAAAGUGGAGAAGACUUUUGGAAAGUUAUUGGACCCAGGGAAAGUAUAAAACCUGCUUUGAAGAAACUCCAAUUGAGAACAGAUCUACUUAUUAAAGAAACAGAGGAAAAAGAUAUAGUUCAAAAGAAAAUAUGUAAGGAUGAACCUGUUUUGAAGAAAGUUGAAUCUGACAUAUUUGUUGAAGAUAAUAAGAAGAAGGCAAUAGAAGAAGAGAAAAAGGAGAAGAUCAGUCCUGUUCUGAAGAAAAUUGAAAUGAAGACAGAAAUAUCAGUUCAAGAAGAUAAGAAAAAAGAAACAUUUGAAGAAAAGAAGAAUGAGAUGAGCCCAAAGAAACUUGAAUCUAAGAAAGAGGUAUUGCUUCAAGAAAAUAAAGAGAAAGAUGGAGUGGAACAGAAGAAAGGUGAGAUCAGUCCUGUUUUGAAAAAAGUUGAAUCAAAUAUAUUUAUUGAAGAGAAUAAAAAGAAGGCAAUAGUGGAAGAGGAAAAGGAGAAGAUAAGUCCUGUUUUGAAGAAAAUUGAAAUGAAGACAAAAGUAUUAGUUCAAGAAGAUAAGAAAAAAGAAACAGUUGAAGAGAAGAAAAUUGAGAUCUGUCCAGAAAAACUUGAAUCGAAGAAAGGUCCAUUGAUUCAAGAAAAUAAAGAAAAAGAUAGGGUGGAACAGAAGAAAGGUAAGCUCAGUUCGAAGAAAGUUGGUUCAGACACACUUAUUGAAGAAAAUGAGAAGAAGGCAAUAGUGGAAGAGGAAAAGAAGAAGAUCAGCCUUGUUUUGGAGAAAAUUAAAACAAAGACGGAAGUAUUAGUUCAAGAAGAAAAUAAAAAAGAAACAGUGAAAAGUGAGAUCAGUCCGAAGAAAGAAUCGAAGAAGGAGCUAUUGAUUCAAGAAAAUAAGCAAGUUGAAUCGCAUAAAGAUCUUCUGAAGGACACAAAUAAAGAACCCAAAAGAGGGGUGGAAAAGGGUAAACCAAUCAAGAAAAACAAGGUGGUUGAAGAUGAAACCAAUAAAACAACAAAAACUGAAGAAACUCCGGUGUGUAAAGAAGAAGAAAGUGUCGAAACUAAUACAGAAGUAGAGGAAGUUGAAAAUGUUGUUCCAACAAGAAAACUAUCCGAAGCUGAGAUGAAAAGGAUAAUCUCCAAGAGGUCUCUGAUACAAAAAGCGAAGAAAGAAGAUCCCGACCUUCUAGUGUUCGAACCACCACCAGAACCAGAGCCUCAAGAAGAGGAACAGAAGGAAGAAGAUGCCAAAGAAGUUUUCGUUCCCCUUCAAUCCAACAGACUCUCCAAAUGGAUGCAUCCCUUCAAGAAACCUGAACAGUACGACGAGUGUCCGGUAGAAAUAUACGCAAGACCUAAGACUAUCCGUAAAAGACACUUGCCCAAGGGUCGGUUUGGCCAAUGGGAGCGAUAUCAGCCUAGGACGAGUAGCAGUGACGAAGACAGUGAUGAUUCUAGUGAUAGUGAGGACAGUUCAGAGGCAGAAACAGAGGAGGAGGGAGGAGACGAGAACAACAAUGGCAGAAGUCUCAUCUACGGUGCAAGUACGUCUUCCAAUGAUUCAGGGUUCGAUUCUGGGGCUGCCAAAAACAAGGAUAAGGGAUCAACGACUGAAUCGAGAGAACCUUCGUCAUUAAGUCCUGCUACGAAUCCUGCCUUCGCCAUAGACCCCAACGAGGAGGAAUGCUGUAAGUCCAGCACCUUCCAAGGGUUCCAGAAGAGUGGAAGGAUAACACCUCCUGCUACCACCAUUCCUAGAUUCAGGAAAUACUGCGUGGAAGACUUCCAUUUCCUGAAAGUGCUUGGCAAAGGCAGUUUUGGCAAGGUCCUGUUGGCUGAACUGAAGGAAACCGAAUACUACUACGCCAUCAAAUGCUUGAAGAAAGACGUGGUCUUGGAAGAUGAUGACGUUGAGUGUACCCUUAUCGAAAGAAAAGUUUUGGCUUUGGGUACCAAGCAUCCUUAUCUGUGCCAUCUACUUUGCACUUUCCAAACAGAUUCACAUCUGUUUUUCGUGAUGGAAUAUUUGAACGGUGGGGAUUUGAUGUUCCACAUUCAGCAGUCUGGCAGGUUCUCUGAAGAAAGAGCUAAAUUUUACGCUGCUGAGAUUGUAUCUGGGUUGAAGUUCCUGCAUAAUAAGGGCAUUGUAUACAGAGACCUAAAACUUGACAACAUCCUCCUGGACUUUGAUGGUCACGUCAGAAUAGCAGAUUUCGGGAUGUGUAAACUCCAGGUUUUCCUUGACAGAAUGGCAGACACUUUCUGUGGAACGCCUGACUAUAUGGCCCCAGAAAUCAUUAAGGGUCAGCACUACAAUCAGAGCGUCGAUUGGUGGUCUUUUGGAGUGUUACUGUAUGAAAUGCUGCUAGCACAAUCUCCGUUCAGUGGAUGUGAUGAAGAUGAGCUGUUCUGGUCUAUCUGCAACGAAAAACCUGUUUUACCAAGGUUUCUGUCUCAAGAAGCCUCAAGAAUAUUGUCAAUGCUCUUGGAGAAGGAUGCCUCCAAAAGGUUAGGAACUAGAUUUUCUCCAUGUGGUGAUAUCAAAGAUCAACCUUUCUUUAAGAGUAUCGAUUGGGAGCUGUUAGAAGCUAGGCUUUUAGAACCGCCUUUCAAACCAAAAUUGUCACAUCCCCUGGACACAAAAUACUUCGACAAACAUUUCACGACUGAGCUCGCGAAACUCACGCCCAUAGAGCACCAUAUAUUGGAGUCUAUGGACCAAACGCAGUUCCAAGGGUUCAGUUAUACCAACCCAAACGCUACGGAUAAGUGAAGAGAUCAAAUUGGACUUGAUGGUUUUAGAAGACACCCAGUGUAGUAACACAGAACGAUGGGUGAUAAAAAGAUUCAGCUUUUUCAUUGAAGAAAAUUCGGGUAGUACGAUUUUGGGCUUAUUUUGGUAGAGAAUUUCUAGGGUCAAUUGUUUUUGUGAUUGGAUUUGAGAUCUUUUGAUGAGAGUUAUGGUUUGUAUUUUUCGACGAAUUUAGUGAUGGAAAUGUUACUUAAUUUUGGAUACUUUGCCUUUUAUGUACAAAUAUUAGUGUUAAGUCGCUUACAAUUGUGAUGUUACAUUUACAGUUAAAGAGUACAAGGCGGUUGCUAUAAAAUAUUCAGAUUUUCAAUCAAUGAUAUAACACAAUAUAAUCUAUUGGUUUUUUCAAUUGAUCUAUUUUUUAUAAUGAUUAUAGCAACAUAGCUGGCUAAUUCAAUGUGAUUAACUCAUUUUGCUAGAAUAUACAACUCAAAAAAAAUAUUUUGCUACAAGAUAUCACUCUAUUAAGGUGGGUGAUGUGUACUAUUAGAGUUAAGACGAUAAUUUUUCUUGUAUUAAUAUUGAAACUUAAAAACGAUUUACUUAAUAAUUUAUUGAUUACAUAUUUCACUCAGUGUAAAUAAGUAUUUGUACAAAUGAGAUAUCAAUAAAAUUUAUAUUGUUAA